AUGCUCGCCCCGACGCAUUGGGAGAACACUGACGGUGCCGAAGACACCGGCGAUACCGACUCAUCUCUCGGCGACAGCGCCGCAAGCUCGACCGCCUCAGUAAGCUCCAGCAUUCUUGAGUAUCGAAUCAUCAACGGCCGCACGUAUCACGCCGAGCGCGGCGACGCUCAAUACUGGGCCUCCAACGACGCCCAGGCCAACGAGUCGCUCGACGUCAUCCACCACACCUCUACACUUGUCCUCGACGGCAAAUUAUAUCUUGCACCGCUGAACAAGGAGAGGCUCACUAAAGUCCUCGAUGUUGGAACUGGCACCGGAAUUUGGGCCAUAGACUUCGGCGACGAAUUCCCCGAGGUCGAGGUAGUGGGCACCGAUGUCUCGCCGAUCCAGCCAUCCUGGGUUCCGCCGAACGUCAAGUUUGAGAUUGAAGACUUUACGUUGGACUGGACAUUCGCAGAUGACUCGGUCGACUAUGUGCAUAUGCGGUUCCUGUACGGGAGUGUGCCCGAUUGGAACAGCCUAUUCAAGAAGGCAUAUCAGGUGUGCAAGCCGGGAGGUUGGAUUGAGAGCCACGAGGGCGACCCAAUGGGCUAUAGCGACGACGACACUCUCAAGGACGGUACCGCUCUGGCAGAGUGGGGAAAAUUCUUCCACGAGGGCGGUAAGAAGCUGGGACGUAUCUUCACGCCAUUGCCCGGAAAUCUACAGGAGAAGGGGCUACAGGAAGCCGGGUUUAUUGAUAUCCAGUCCAAGACGUCCAAAGUGCCGGUAGGAGACUGGCCCAAGGACGAGAAAUUGAAGGAAAUAGGGAGAUUCACACAGCUGAGCAUAGAGACGGAUGUGGAAGGUCACAUAUCCUUUAUGGCAAAUCUCCUCGACGGCUGGACCCAUGAACAGGUGGUACUGUAUUGCAUCCAGCUGCGGCGCGAGCUGAAGAACAAGAACAUACACGCCUACUACCACCAGCGUGUUGUAUGGGGUAGGAAGCCCGAGGUCACGCCAACCUCAUCGGAAUAA